AUGUUUCAUAUUCCGUGCGAUGCCGAUCGCUCGUCUUUCGCAAGUUUGGUCACAGUUCUUCAAGCCACGGGGAACGCACCAUACGUUCGCAAGCUGAGUUCUGCCGGGAUAAAGUCCGCUAGGGACUUGGAGAAUGCCCCAAGGUCGCAGAUCCGAGCCAUUAUCGGAGACGUGGCCAUGGAUCGCCUUUUUCUUUCACAGCCAGCUCGAGCCCAGGUUCGCCACGACAUCCCGGAAGUACAUCCAUACGCCAGAGGUUCGCUGCAGAGGAUCGGCCUGGCACCAGGUCCCGAGAACGAGCGGGUGGUCGUGGACUUAGCUCAGGCAGAUCGCGAGUUUCUUCAGGACCGUUUCGCUAAAUCAUCUCAUGCACCACGCGAGAGUCGUUGGGUGACAUGGACCCUUAUGGCCGCAAAGCGACAGAUGUCGCCGCUUCCAGUGACUGUGGAAUUGAUUUUCGCGAUAGGAGCAUUGAUGAAGGUUGGGCGGUACCGCUCUGCUGCCCAAUAUUUCGCUAUUGCAAAAUCGCGCCACAUCGAAGCUGGUCACACAUGGUCGCAGCAGCUCGACUUGGCCCGUGCACAGGCCAUUCGUUCGAUCACGCGAGGCAUUGGUCCUGCAGCAACCAAGCUCAACAUCUCUUUCGACAAUGUUCGUUUGGACUUCAGUUUCGCUCUGACCAAGGCGUACACCGAAAUGGAAGUGCCCAUGUCGCUGAGGGUAAAAGAACCGUUCGCCACGGCGAUUACGGCACUUUGGUUCCUUCUUCGGGGAAUCGAGGUCGCAGGUGUGAAGGGCGAGGAUGUUCGGUUCAAUAGAUCCGAGCGAGCUGUUACAGUUCGACUGCCAGUCAGCAAGACGGACCUCGAAGGCAAGGGUUGUGAGCGACGGCACGUUUGUAUAUGUUCGUUGGAACAUGAUUCACAAUGCCCUUUCGCAGAAGACAGGGUCACGAUGUUUAUGGCUUUACAGAAGUGCAAGUGCAGUUCGGGGAGACACCCUUUGUGCGUGUUUCACGCUUUGCUGGAAAUGGUCGUUCGCAGAAGGAAGUCGGGGUCGUACGACCCAUCCCAGCCGCUUUUCGGUGAUGGCCAGUCCGCAGUCUCCCAACGCCAGUUAACUCAGUUGGCGCGGAUUUGUGCUUUCGUCCUGCAUCAGGAGACGCUGUACGAGUGGUCGCCGACAGCUUUGGAGAAAUGGUCACAACAUUGCUUCCGCGUUUCUGGAGCUCAGCUUUUCGCGAGAGCAGGGGUACCCUUGCCAGUGAUUCAAGUGAUUGGUCGCUGGGGCUCCAUGUCCGUGAUGAGAUACGUGCAAGACGCAAUUUUCGUUCCAGACCAGACUGCUGCACAGGUUCGCUCGGCCCUUGCUUCCGCUUCGAGCUUAGCUAGCGCCUCUUCUUCGAGCCAACCUCAAACGCAAGGGGUUUCUGCUGACUCGGUCGAGUCAGUUGUUCGCCGAGUCGUUGCCGAGUGCUGGCAGAACAAGGCGGUUUUCGUGCAUAAUACGCGGACCAAGUUCGCUCACAAGCCGUGCGAGAAUGAACAGGCUUUGCAGAGCUUCGACUGGGUGUCCGCAUGUGGUUUCUCCAGAUGUGCUAAUUGCUUUGCUGAGGAACAAGCGGUUCGCAGCUCUCAGGACCAGCAGCCAGACCUGGCCACCUCCGCGGGACUCGAUAAACAAGUCAUCGUGUUCCUUCGUGAUCGCGGAGUCACAAGCUCGGGAGUCUUGUACCACCUGUUUUCAGAACGAUCAAAGAUUGGUCGCACCUUGGAGCCCCUCAAGGUCGGAGUGAAGAUCGGCGAGAAUACUCUCAAGAUGGACGAGGUCGCCCUGGACGUGGCGACGGCCUCCCUCGAGCACAUCGUCGACGAGAUUGAGUUCGCGAGGGCAGCACAACUGCAACCUACAACGGCACCGCCUAGUUCGCAGCCUGCACAGAGUUCGCCCGCUACGUCGACGACAGAUCCGUCGAAGGCUCCGAAAACGUUGCCCAAAGGAUAUUGGGCCAAGCGCAUCAAGGACUUCGAAAGUUCGCAGAUAGAGGGUCGCAACCGGGUUUUCCCGGUGCACCUUCUGGUCGGCGCGGAGGAGACGCUCGCCAGGAUGGUCUUCGAGGCCGAGAGUUCGCGAUUGUUCACUCCCGUUAAAUUGGGAGAGGUGAUCUCGUCCAGGAAUUUCACGCCGAGUCGCCAAGUGAACCCGUUCGCGAAGACAGAGGACCGCUUCACGGAGGCUUUGUCGCUCGACCACAGUGGCGCCUUGGUUCGCAGGGACCGCCGCAUCCCCGAGCCCCAGAAAGCCCUCACAGUCAUUGACGCGCUCGAGGCAGUGAGAUGGGCCAUGAUUUUCGCUCGGUGGGGGGAGGAGUUCGUCAUCGGCCAGUUCGUGGACUUUUUCAUCAACCUCGUUCGCAACAACCAGAACAAGAUCCCCCAGAUCCGCGAGUACUACCGCAAAUCUUCUUGGGAUCUGGCGAUGCAUCUUCGCGCAGAGGGUUCGUUCCAGGAGGGCGUCAACAAGAUCAUCACUAGCACGGAGCGCCACGACGCCCUUGCGAAGUGGAUGCCUCCCGACGGCAAGGGCAAGGGCAAGGGCAAGGACGCUGACGGCAAGGGCAAGUCGAAGGACUGGUACCGGGACAGCCAAUACGGCAACGCAGUCCGCUCAGGUAGCGCGUCCAGUUCGCAGCAGACUCCCACUCAGCUUUCCGUUUCGUCCAAGCACGACACCUUGCCGCGAGGAGUGGUCCCAGAAGUGCCCAAGCAGACUCCGGCACCCGCGAAGCCACUAGCCGCCACAGGUCGCCACGAGGUUACCAGCCAACCUCCGCAGUCUACUGGCAGCCAGCAGCCACCGUUCGCUCAGGCCGCGAACUCAGGACACAAGUCAGGCAAGGUCGCAUUGCUUUCCUUUUUCGACGGCAUCGGCAGUGCCCACCAGUCACUUCUUGACCUUCAGAUUCGGCCGGUCGUAUCGUGGUCAUGGGAACUAGACGAAGAUUGCCACAAGGUGGUUCGCUCUAGACAUCCGGAGGUCAUACAGCAAGGAGAUGCGAUGUCCGCAGAUCCAGUCAAAGCGGCUGCAGCUUUACAAGAACAGUGCCCCGCAUCGACAUUCGUCCUGAUCGCAUGCGCACCGCCGUGCCCCGAUUUUUCACAGAUCAAAGGCGAGGCAGCGAAAGGGACAGCAGGUUCGGAGGGCCAGAAGUUCGCCAAGUGGGUCCACCAGUGGUGGAGACCGUUUAAGCAGACUUGCAAGCUCAAGUUCGCGCUGAUCCUAGAGAACGUCGUCAUGGCCAAAGAGACUCAAGCAGCACUUGACGACUUGUUGGGCACGAGAUCGUUCGUCUGUGAUGCAGCCACAUUCGGGCUCGUGAAUGGCCCGCUGGCGCCGGUGGAACCGCCAGUGGGAGUUGGUGCCGUCAAGUUCGAGGUCGAGUCGGGUUCUGUUCGCUUUCCGUGCUUGACCACGCCAGCGCCUACUUCGGAGGGUCGCCCUCCUCCUCCCAAGAGGAAGCGAGAUGAGUCUCCAGAGACCUUGAGCCGAUGGCGCAAGGAUGGACAACAGUUCGCACCGUGGCAGUACCGGGCGUACGCCCUGGUCGAAGAAAAGGGCAAGCUCGGCACUCCAUCGUCGGCGGUUCGCGAAUUUCUCCACGAUUUUCCGGAAGGAUAUACCAAAGCAGCCCCCGAAAGGUCGCGAUGCAAACAAAUGGGGAACUCGUGGCACCUGCCAACUAGCAGGUUUCUUCUGUUCGUGAUCCUGCUCGCCGCCAAGGUCGUCGAGGUGACUUCCCAACACGCUCGCCAGUGGUACGACGAGAAGCCUUUUCCGACGUUCGAGCUCCGGUACCAUCCCGAUGGGUCGCGGCCGUUUCUCCGGGCAUGUUCAUGGUGGCGACGAAGUGGUUGCAAGUGGGAUCCGAACGAACCCGAACAGGUUCGCCUUGCAGGUCCCUCCGACAACGAGUUGGCCCAUGUCGCUUGGUCCACGUCGUUGACGUGGGAGGAAGCGUUCCCCGUCAACGUGAACCCUUGCCUCGAGUUCGCUUUUCAGCAACAAGAACGCAUGGGACCGAAGCUCAACCAAUGGCGAAGCGAGGUAGUCGACGACAUCUCAAAGUUCGUGGACGAGCUGGAGAGCGAGCAAGUUGAGUGGAUGUCGUCGGCACCGCCCCACGUCCAGGAGGUCUACAAGCAAGGCACGACCAAGUUCGCCGUGAAGUUGCUCGCGUUCGCACAUUUGCUGUACCUCCUCGAGUUUCCGGAGUGGCAGGACUUGGUCAGCGAGCUCUUUUGGGGUUUCAAGCUGCUUGGGUCGUUACCGCCGGGGAGCGAAUGGCUCUUGCGACAGGACAGCAAGUACUCCUCACCCUGGUCCAGAGAACAGUUCGUUUCUUUCAACAAAGCACAUGCUUCGCGACUUCUCGCCUCCUCAAGCGUCGAUGAGCACUCGGCCGCAAUCAAGAAAGAAGUUCUCGUAGAAAAAGAAAAAGCGAGGUUCGCAGGCCCAUUCUCAGACGAGUGGCUGCGUCAACAAGCUUCCGAUCACCAGGUCUUCGUCGCCAAGGCCUUCCCCGUGGUUCAAGGAGACAAAGUUCGCAGAGCAGAUGAUUGGCUCAGGAGUGGCCAUAACGCUACAGUAUGGGCCUCGGACUGUCCGCCGUAUCAAGGGACGCCCACAGUCGCAUCUAUGGUGAGGAAUGCGCUACCAGAAGAAAGCGGCAGCGAUCGGGUCUGGCUUCACCAGGUCCUUCCUUUCGGAUCUUCCGGAUCAGUAUGGGGAUACAUUCGUUUCGCCGAUGCAGUUUGCUUCUUGUCGAUUUCGCUUCUCAACAUAGCAGCCGCUCAUUUCGUGGACGACUUCUACAAGUGCGAGUCCGAAACAACGGCCACACCUUCGUUCGCAUCCUUCCAGAAGCUCCACCGCAUCAUCGGCACGAAGAUGAAGGAGGCGAAGGCCAAACCCCCAGCGAAGUCACAGACCUUGCUGGGGGUCGAAUGGAAGAUCACUGACAAGUACUUGUUCGCUUCGCCAGGCAAGCACCGCAUCGACAAGCUGUCCGAGCAAAUCAGCCAGAUCUUAUCAGCCGACCUUUUGCAUCCGCAUGAUGCCGCCAAGCUCGCCGGCAAGCUAAAUUUCGCUUGUUCGUGGGUGUUCGGUCAGGUCGGCAAGGCCUUGCUUAAACCUUUGUUCGCUCGACAACAUAGCGGCCUACAGAGACCUAUGGCCCUGGGUUCCCCGUUGAGAUCGGCGCUUAAGGAACUUUCGAAGCUUCUCCCGAACCUCAGGCCGAUGCAAAUCCCGCUACGACCUUCAGAAGUGCCCGUGUUCGUACUGUACGCGGACGCGUACAUUACAUUGUCAGGUUCAGUUCGCGCCGCAAAUCGUUGGCUCAGAGAAGGGGUUCCGCACUCAGUCUUGAAGGGCAGCACCAACGGUUGGGGAGCGGUUUUCUUUUCGCCAACAGGAGAACGACUAGCUUUCCGGUCAGAAGUUCCGCAGGACGUUCUCGAGAAGACGGCAACAUCCAAGGCUUUCAUAUUUUGGUUGGAGAUGCUGGCCCAAGUUCUGUCAAUGAUCGCGGUUGCCUCUCAAGUUCGCGGACAUGUCCUUUGCUUCGUGGACAAUUCGGCAGCAGAGCAUGCUCUCCAGAAAGGCUUCUCGAAGGACGGCCUGUUCACAAAAGUGCUCGGGUGUUUCGCAAGAUUCUUGGCCUCAAAGAGCAUCGCUUUGAGUUUUCACCGCGUUCCGUCUGCAGCCAACGCAUCCGACGGAGUUUCUCGAGACGAUUGGUCGCUAGCUACAACGCUUGGUUGUGUCCGGCAAGAGCUCCAGUUCGCCAAAGCCUACGACUGGCUCCGGCUUCUCCCAGAACUGCCCGAAGACGCUCUCUUCACCGAGUUCGGGAAGUUCGCUGAAGACUUGUGCGCGCAGAGAGUGGAGGAACAGCGCGCGAGAGUGGAGUGA